UGAUCAGGAUAGUAUUUGGUACCAUCUGCACCCAGCUGUAAACUCUCUCAAAAAUCUCCUACGCUGUUUCAUGCUACGUAUUUACCAAGUGUUCUGCUCCUCUUAAUUCUACAAGCAAGAUCAGUCUCCUAAAGUGCUUUGUCCUGUGCUGGUAAAAUUAUCUGAAAAACUUGAUUCAAGGUAUAUCAGCUUUCCACUGCAGAAAUGUCACUGCAAAUGGUUUCAGAUUGCAGCAAUUCUACGCUCAUCUAUCCGGGAUUCUCGUUGUUCAAUUUUCAUGGUGAGGUCUUUUUCUUUGGUCAGAAAGGGUGGCCAAAAAGAUCCUGCAGCACGGGAAUUUUUCUUCUUCAUCUCAAAGGUCACAUUCUCAAACUGAAAGCUGUUUCAUUUUCGCCUGACUCAUGCUACCUCCCUCCUCUGCGCUGUCCUGCAAUAACUCAUUACUCCGAUCCCUCCGAAUCAAACAGCCUUUUAUAUCUCAUUCACGGUGGAAGAGAUCCAAAUAAUGACUUACCUAACUCACUUUACUUGAUGAUGGUUUACAGCAGCAGUGGUAACAAGAGAACAUCGCUCCGCUGCAUUGAGAAAAAUCUUAAAGGGGAUGUCCCUCAAGGAAGAUAUGGUCACAGCAUCAAUGUGAUUCAGAACAAGGGACAAGCCAUGUGUGUCUUGUUUGGGGGUAGAUGUUACCGGCCUCCAGGGCAAAGAACCACAGAAAACUGGAACAGUGUAGUCGAUUGUUUACCACAGGUUUUUCUGAUUGAUAUAAACAAUGGUAACUGCACAUCCCAUAUGCUUCCAGAAAUAGAAGAUGGGUUUUCAUUCCAUGUCUCCAUUGCAAAAAUUGACACUGUCUACAUAUUGGGUGGCCAUUCCAUUGAAAACAAUCAUCGCCCUGCAAGGUUGCUUAGUCUAAAAGUUGAUCUGUUCGGGACCUAUCCAAGUGUACAGUGUACAAUACUUAAUGGUGGCAUCUCUGUAUCAAGUGCAAUAGUGACCCAAGCGAGCAAAGAUGAAUUUGUAAUUGUUGGUGGUUAUGAAUCUGAGAACGAGAAACGAAUGAUUUGUAAUACCAUCAUUUUGGAGAAUGAUAACAUUCAGAUCCUGGAAAAGGAGCCUCCAGAAUGGUCAAAUGAUAUUAAAGCAAGCAAAACCUGGUUUGGUAGCAAUAUGGGAAGCAGCGCUGUGUUAAUCGGCAUCCCAGGAGAAAGCAAGCAAGAUACAGCUGAGGCACACUUCUUUUAUAUAGCAAAUUUUGGACAGUUAGAGGAAGAAAACCAAGCCUCUGCCAGCCAGGAAUCUUUUACUGAUCCGGAAGAAUGCAGCACAUUUGAAGAUUCAGAAGAAUUUAACUUUGAAGUGGAAGCUGAUUGCUCUGAUGAUGCAGAGAACUUGGAUAAUGCUGAUGAGGAAGGUUACUGGAUUAAAUGCAGCUCCACCUGUAAAAUGAACGUUAACAUCUGGGUGCCUUAUUACUCGACAGAACUCAAUAAACCUGCAAUGAUUUUCUGCUCCAGUGAAGGGGAUGAUGGACACUGGGUACAUGCCCAGUGUAUGGAUCUCUCAGAAUCACAGCUGAUUCAGUUUUCUCAGGAAAACACAAAGUAUUUUUGCAACGAGCAUCAUAGAGGAAUUCGAACUCCACAGAAGAAAAAGCAGAUAAAGCGAACACCAAUAAAAUCCCCACGUAAGAAAUCGCCAGCAACACUGAAAAAGACGCCAAUGAAGAAAAGCUUUCUGAAGAGACUGUUUGAUUGAAACUGUGAGAUUUUUAGUAUAAAUGAGACUUGAAAAUGAUUGACAAUUUGCAACAACUUAGAAUUCAACAUUUGGGGUCAUGGCAAUAUUUGUGCAUUCUGAUAUCUAGCUUAUUUUAAACUUAUUACUGUACAAAAAUACCCAGCAUAGUUGCGUAAGCUAUGUAUAAUUGAAUAAUUGUGUGGACUUUAUAUAAUCUAUGAAUAAUAUGUAUGCGGUACACAACAAACAUUGAGCCAAAAGUCAUCUCAAUGUUAACAUUGUAUAGCCUACAUGCACCAAGCUGUGAAUUCUUUCUUGUUAAAUAAAAUACUGUCUAUUUUCUUAUUUAACAAAGUAUAUAGUAGAAAGAGUGCAGAAAAGAUUCACAAAAAUAGUUCUGGGGUGAGGAACUUCAGUUAUGUGGAUAGGUUGGAGAAGUUGGGAUUGUUUUCUGUGGGGAAGACAAGGCUGAGAGGAGAUUUGAUAGAGGUGUUCAAAAUCAUGAGGAGUUUGGACAGUGUAGAUAGGGAGAAACCAUUUCCAUUGGUGGAAGGAUCGAGAACCAUAAGACAGAGAUUUAUGGUAAUUGGUUAAAGAAGAAAUGGAGACAUGAAGAGAAACUUUUUCACGUGGUGAGUUGUUAGGAUCUGGAAAGCCCGAGAGUGUGGUGGAGGCAGAUUCCAUUGAGGCAUUCAAGAGAGAAUUGGAUUAUUAUCUGAAAAGGAAGAAUUUGCAGGGUUACGGGGAGAAGGACACUGUUUCUCCUUCAGAGAGUCAGUACAGGCACGAUGGGCUGAAUGGCCUCCUUCUCUGCUGUAACCAUUCUAUGGUUCUAUAUUCUGUUGGAAAUCUGAAAUAUUCAGCAGGU